AUGCUUUGUUCCAGAAGACCAUUUACUGUAGGAGUGCUGACACAGGUCGAAGAAAUUCGUAUCGAGAACGAUGACAGAGCGCGUUCAUUGGUGGCAACGCUGAAUGCCGAUGAACGGAGACGUCUUCAGACAGCGCUAAAUGAGCUCGAUCAACGAGCUCUUUCGGAGGAUCCAGUUGAUAAAGAACUCUCUCGUGCGCAAUCGCGGCAGCUGUUUUUGGUGAACUCGAUACCAUUCAUUGGUUUUGGUUUUUUGGACAAUUUUAUCAUGAUUCUCGCUGGAGAAUAUAUCGACCGGACGCUUGGCGCUUGGUUAACUUUAUCAACAAUGGCUGCAGCAGCGCUUGGCAAUACAAUUUCGGACGUUGCCGGGGUUGGCCUCACGCAUUAUGUUGCCUUCGUUGUGUCGAAAUGUGGCAUCAAACAUCCGGUACUCAAUUCCGAGCAGCUUGAAUCCUCAUUUGCACGAAUAGUGAUAAAUGUUGGACGCGCAGUGGGACUGGUUAUUGGAUGCCUUAUCGGGAUGUUCCCUUUGUUGUUUUUCGGUUCUUCGGACGCUGGUCGCAUGCCAAAAGAAUCCAGCAGUGAAAGCGAUAGCUAA